AUGUCGCGCUCGAUCGUCGAUCACGGCGUGCUGCUCGUGUGGUUGGGGUUGUUCCACGCCCUGGUCGUCGUCGUCGUCGUCGCGAUCGUCGCGCUCGAGCGACGACGCGCGAUGACGGUGCUCGCCGCGUUGAUGUCUUUGAGCGUCGUCCCGCGGCGCAUCCGACCGCGCUGGGGCGUGACGCUGGCGCGCGCGAUCACGCGCACGGCGAAGUCGUAUUUCCCGUGCGCGUUGACGUUUGAGAACGAGGAGGCGUACCUGAAGGGUGCUCGGAAGGGUGUCGGGCGGUUGGUGGGUUUGGAGCCGCACGGAGCGCUGCCGCUCUCGGUGAUCGCGUUCGCGGAUUACUUCAUGUUCGAUGAAGAUGGGAUCGAGGCGAGGGGGAUGAAUCACGCUGCGUCGAUGAAUUCGCGAGCGUUGGCGUCGGGGGCGAUAUUUCACGUCCCGUUGGUGCGACACCUGUGGACGUGGUUGGGAUUGGAACCGAUAUCUCGAAGGCGGAUGACGAGUAUGUUAAGCGACGGUUCGACGUGCGUGAUCGUGCCGGGUGGGGUGGCGGAGUGCAUGGCGAUGGAGAGAGGGGUUGAGACGCUGUAUCUCAAGCGAAGGUACGGGUUCGUGAAGAUUGCGAUACAGACGGGCGCGGCACUCGUGCCGGCGUACACGUUUGGGCAGACGCGGGCGUACAAGUACUGGCGACUCGGUCCGCCGUUGGUGCCGACGUCCGUUGCAAAUUGGUUCUCGAAAACGUUUUCUUUCGCACCCAUGGUUUUUUGGGGAAAGUGGUUCACGCCCAUUCCGUACGCUACCCCUCUGCACACGGUGGUUGGCGAGCUCAUCGAGACCACGCAAAACGACAAUCCGAGUCGCGAGGAGGUGCAGGCAAAGCUUGACGAGUUCAUCGUCGCUAUGCGUUCGCUGUACGACCGACACAAAUCUGCACACGGGUAUGCCGACGUCGACCUCGUCGUGUGCUGA